CUCGAAUUACAAAUGAUUAAUUGUUAGUAAAAAUGAUAUUUAUAUCAAUUUUAUUGUUGUUCAUCUGUCGAGAAGUAAGAAAUGUUGAAAUAGAUCCAUCGAAAACAAUAAUUUCGGGUCCAGGAUUGAAACCAGAUAAAAUAACAAUGAGGGCAAGAUAUAUUUUCUUGCAGUUUGUUGAUACAGAAGGAAAAAAUUUAACAGAAUCACCUGGAAAAGAUGUGAUCUCUGUUUCCACACAAGGGCAAACUUCAACAGGCCAAUUGUGUCAUAUAUGGACCCAAAUUUUAGAUUGCAAAGAUGGGAAUUUCAUUGUUAGAUAUAAAUUACACAGCACAUGCUUCAAUCUAAAAUUAAUAAUAGAAUUAAAACAGCAUAAUUCACCUAUUCUCUCGUUGAAAGCUGAAGGACCAACUUAUGAAGAAGAAUGUUAUUGUCCGAACCCUGAUAUUAAUAAUUGGUUGGACAAUUUUGAAUGUGCAAAAAAUUAUACUCAGAUACAUAACGAUCUUGCUGAUUUUACAAAUGUAGAUUUUGACAAAAUACGUGAAGAUAUUGUAAAAGCAUAUGAUAGGCCUGGAAGUGUCAGUCUCUGUCAUUACGUAGUUAAAUCUAACAAAAUUUUCAGGGAAUGUCAUGGCAAAUAUGUAGGCUUCAAAAUAUUCAUGGAUUCCAUUCUGUUGUCUGUCACUCGAAAAGUCAGUUUGCCAGAUAUUGAAUUUUUUGUAAACUUGGGAGACUGGCCGCUUGUUCCAAAAAACAACAAGGAUUACCCUAUCUUUUCUUGGUGCGGCUCUUAUGACACAAGAGAUAUCGUCAUGCCCACUUAUGACCUUACAGAAUCAUCAUUAGAGGCGAUGGGAAGGGUAAUGUUAGAUAUAUUAUCUGUGCAAGGUAAUACGGAUACACCAUGGGAAAAAAAGAUAGAGAAAGUUUUUUGGCGUGGUCGUGAUUCAUCUAGGGAACGACUUGAUUUAAUCGACAUUUCAAGAAAACAUCCUGACUUGUUUAAUGCCUCGAUUACAAAUUUCUUUUUCUUCAAAAAUGAAAUGGAUAAAUAUGGCCCUGGCCAAAGCCAUGUAUCCUUCUUUGAUUUUUUUAAGUACAAAUAUCAGUUAAGUAUCGAUGGUUCAGUAGCUGCAUAUAGAGUUCCCUAUCUGCUUGCUGGGGAUGCUUUAGUAUUAAAACAAGAAUCAAAAUAUUAUGAAUAUUUUUACAAUGAUCUUAUACCUGGAGAACAUUAUGUGCUAGUUAAAAGUGAUUUGUCAGAUCUGGUGGAGAAGAUCGUGUGGGCCAAAAAUCACGACAAAAACGCACAAGAGAUUGUUAAAUCUGCUAGACAGUUUGUAAGAAAUAAUUUGCUACCACAGAACGUAUUCUGCUAUCAUGUAGCAUUGUUUUAUGAAUGGAGUAAACGCUUAAAGAGUAAAGUUAAGGUACUAGAUAACAUGGAAGAAGUGCUGCAACCUAAACAUUCUUGUAAAUGUUAUAAUGACAAUACAAAAUUUAAAGAAGAGCUUUAGCUUUAUUAACUUCGUGGAUAUAGUUUAAGUAUCUGCAAAUAGUAGAAGGAAAGAAGACGGAUUUUAAAAUAUUAAAAAAUUACAUUAACUAAUUUCUACUUUACAUAUUGGUAAGAUCCUUUUCUAUUUUUAAUACAUACUCUUAUCAAAUAAAAAUUUAAUGUAAGAA